UCAGCCUCAGCCUUAGCCUUAGCCAUGCACCUCAGCCUUAGCAAUGCUCCUACAAUUCACACAUCCAACAUAAGAGAACAAAAAAUGCAUUCGAGAUCUGAGCCCAAGCUUUUGACCGAAAACCUGUCUUCCAAUUCCACCACGCUGCCAUGGUCUUAUCGUCCCUCUUCCGAGCUGUGGCAGAUACGAAGAACAUCUCAAGAGGAAAGAUUGUUCACAGCAAGAUAAUAGUCUCCUCUCUGCUCCCAGAUGUCAUCACGAGCAACCAUUUGAUGUCUAUGUACGAAAAAUUUGGGCUUUUGGAUGAUGCCGGCUUGGUGUUAGACCGAAUGCGUAACCCGAACGUCGUCUCUUGGACUAUACUUAUAAACGCUCAUUCCAAAAUAGGCUCUGCAAAGGAAGCAAUCGAGUGCUUCAGAUUAAUGGUUUCGAGAGGUUUCCAACCCAAUGAGAUCACUUAUGUGAGCGUUACAUCCGCUUGUGCAAAGCUUAGAGCUGUGAAGGCAAGCAAGGAGAUUCAUGGGAGGGUUUACAGGUUUGAAAAUGUCAUCUCAAAUAGAUUUGUGAGCAAUUCAUUGGUGAAUUUGUGUUCAAAAUGUGGUUUUGUUUGUUCAGCCCGGAAGGUGUUCGAUCAGAUUUCGCAGCCAAAUUUAUCAUGGAGCUCCAUGAUUUCUGGCCAUUCUCAAUUUGGAGAGCAUGGAGAGGCUUUGAGGAUAUGGUUAAGGGCUCGAAAAUAUUUUCUGGUGCUUAAUGAGUUUGUGCUGUCCGCUGUGUUAAGUGCUUGUUCUGGACUGGAAGAUUUAAAGGUGGCGAAGCAAGUCCACUGUUUUUCCCUCAAAAAUGGUCUUUUGUCGGAUUCCUUUGUGGAAGCUGGAACUAUUGAAAUGUAUGUGAAUUCCGGUGAUCUGGAAUCAUCUUGUAUUGCAUUCUCAGAUAUAGAAGAACCCGAGUUGGCUUCUUGGGCUGCAAUUAUCAAAGGAUAUGCUUUAGAAGGCCACGGAGAGAAAGCAAUGUGUUUCUUUCAGAAGCUUCUGCUCCCAGAUGUCAUCACAAGCAACCAUUUGAUGUCUAUCUACGAAAAAUUUGUGCUUUUGGAUGAUGCCCGCUUGGUGUUCGACCGAAUGCCUAACCGGAACGUCGUCUCUUGGAUUAUACUUAUAAACGCUCAUUCCAAAAUAGGCUCUGCAAAGGAAGCAAUCGAGUGCUUCAGAUUAAUGGUUUCGAGUGGUUUCCAACCCAAUGAGAUCACUUAUGUGAGCGUUACAUCCGCUUGUGCAAAGCUUAGAGCUGUGAAGGCAACCAAGGAGAUUCAUGGGAGGGUUUACAGGUUUGAAAAUGUCAUCUCAAAUAGAUUUGUGAGCAAUUCAGUGCUACGGACUAGACCCAACGAGUAUGUUCUCCCAUCCAUUCUGGUUGGUUGCUCCAUUUCCCAUUUAGUUGAAGAAGGGCUGCAGAUCCAUUCCCUUAUAAUAAAGUUAGGAUAUCAGAUGUCUUCUUUUGUUGGCAACACAAUUAUGGAUUUCCAUGCAAAAUGUGGAAUGCUUAGAGAAUCAUUUCGGGUUUUUAGCAGGAUGCCUUCAGUAAACUUGGUCUCUUGGAACAGUAUGGUUGUUGGUUAUGCUCAGCAUGGAUUUGGCAUGAAUGCUCUAGAAAUGUUUGAUAGAAUGGAAGAAGAAGGCAUUCUCCCAAAUGAGAUUACAUACAUUGGAAUCCUUUCUGCUUGUGCCCGUGCUGGUCUUGUUGACCGAGGAGAGAUCCUUUUUCAACUUAUGAAAAUCAAAGGGAUAAUUCCGAGGAUUGAGCACUAUGCAUGCAUGGUUGAUCUUUUUGCUCGAGCUGGGCAGACUAAAAGGGCCUACAAAUUCAUCAAAAGCAUGCCCAUGGAAGCAAAUACUGUAAUUUGGCGCAGUCUUUUGGCUGGCUGUAAGACCCAUGGGGAUUUGAACGUAGGAAAGCUUGCAGCAAAAUAUAUUCUCAAGGAUGAUUGUCAUGAUAUUUCAGCUCGUGCCCUAUCUUCUGCUCUAUAUGCAGAUGCUGGUUUGUGGGAUAGGAGGUCUAAAGUUAGAAGCUUGCCAAAGAGGGAAGCUGAGAAGGUUCCAGGGAGAAGUUGGAUUAAGGUGAAGGGUAGAAUUCCUCUCCUGGAUGAUAGUGUAGGGAUAUAAGAUGGGAAUUUACCUGUAUGCUACCCUGUUCUUAUGUAUUUACACAGCCAA